CGUGAAUCGCGAAGGCCGCGGUGGGCCGGUUUGCGUGGUGUUUUCGCCGGGAUUGGCCAUAUUCGCUGUCGUAAUGGCGAUAAAAAAAAAACAGCUCAAAUUGAUUCGAUCACCACCUGCCAGUUGCAGUGGUGCUGUUGGCGUUGAUGGCGCGGUCGGUGGUUGUGGUAAGAGGUGGCCAUACAAAUAGUAUCGGGUCAAAGACAUCGCGAAGUGCAUCGCAUCGCGUCAUGGUGAUGUCGCAUUUGAUCAAAGCGGCGCCGUUUAGGGGUUUGUGCGGCUUCCAGUAUGCGAUAGGAAGGAAGGAACGGCCGUCCCACCCCAAUCAGCGAGCCGUCUGCUCAGGUAGCCACAAACUCCCGUCUCUCGGAAUUUUCCUGGCAACAACUGCCUACCGACGCGUUCUUCUACCCUAUCACAAACCAAAUUUCCAUUCAAACGCCAUCAGAAGUGCCAACAGCGUGAAGAUGUCCGACCAACCGAAGGGUCUGAAGUCGCGCCGCCUUCACAAUACGGCACGCAAGCAACAUCUAUCGGCGCAGAAGCCGGAUUCUCAGUCUGGUGACAGUGGCACGGGGCCUAGGCAGUUGGCAUCCUCUGCUUUUGACGACGAUACCCAUUCCGCGAGUCCACAAGACCCAGAAAUCCUACCUGAUGUGCCGAUCUAUGGUAUUGAGAGCGCCGAUGAUAUUGGCGACACUGAUUUCGAUGAUGACCAUCUGUUCCCCCAAUCAAAUACCGAUUCUGGUAACGAAGAAGCCAUCGUUGAUGUCGACGCGCUUCGAGCCGGCGGCAUUGAAGAUGCGACGUCACGUACUCUUCGACCCCAACUCGAUAUGAGCGAUGUCCUUGGAGCUGGCGAAUACGAAGAGUGCAUCUGGGUCGGGGAGGUUCAGCCAACUGAAAACCUUCCGUUCGAUGAUGAAGGAAUACCGCCCGAAGAAGAUGACCGAGAGUCUACCAGCCAAAACGGUUCACCGAUGCGAUAUACCGACAUCGAAGACACAUCGGUAUUGGUUCCGAUGCGCCAGAACAAGUCGAUCGAGACAUCCAGCUUCGAGAAGGCUCUUGCGACCUUUGCCGAUUUGGCUGGUCUAAGCCGUCAAGACUGGACAUCCCUUCGGGAGGUGCUUUUCUUGAUCCGCGACAAAGAUGGCAGUGUCCCUUCAGUGAUACAGAGCCUUCCGAAACAGCUCUCGACACUCCGAGACCGUAUUCGCCGCCGGAUGCCGAUGAUGAAUAUGCGCGAGGCCGACAUCCCUCUGAACAUCUUGAAGUUACCGACAAUGCCAGCCAGUUUGAAGCUCGAGGAGCGUCGCUAGGUUGAAAUCGCACGGGCUCAGGCAGAAAGCAGAAGCGCAGCCCUCACUGCUACCAGAGCAGCGACCAGGAUCUCCCGCGAUGAAGUACAUCAUCGCAUCCGAUAUCCUAGGCAGGAUACAUACAGGCCCAGGCUUGUUCGUCGACAAACCGCCCGCAGUUGUUUCAUUCGCACGCUUGGCUGUCCUCGGUCCGUAGCACAUCGGGCUU